GCCAAUAUUUUAAACGUAACAGUGGCUAAAUGGAGCUAUCUCAAUGCAUGUACUGUGUUGGGCUGUUGCUUUUUGUAAGCAGAACUGGGCUGGCGGUCGAUUCGACCGUAAAAGGUCCAGCUGGGAAUGUAACUCAACCGACAGCGCCAACAAAAGCGGUGAAAUCAAGAACAGAUACCGAGCCCAAACCAGCAAUACAACCGGAGAAGCAGGUGACGGUGAAGGCGCCGGAUCAACAAAAACAACACGCAGAGAAUCAACCGGUCAAGCCAGUGCAACCGGUGCAACCAACGAAAGAAAAGCAACCGGAAAAGUCGGUACAGCCGCUAAAUACAGAGAUAGAGAAACAACCGGUUAUGCCAGUACAACCGGUACAACCAAGGAACAGCAAGCAACCGGAUGAGUCAGUUCGAACAGUGCAACCAACGAAAGAAAAGCAAACGAAUAUGACGAAGCCACAGAAACAACGGCGAUCAAAAAUCAAGAUCAAGCCUGCGGAGAAGUGCCAACCUACCGAGGUGCUGACCGCCAAUAAAGGUUGCGUCAAUCGUGAUAUAUAUAUGCAGCACAUACUCCAGCGCGCCUGGGCUGAUGAGAAUCUGGACGAGGCCAAGGAUAAGGCUGGAUUGGCACGCAGCAUUGAGUGCCCCGAAGGUCAAGUACAUACGCCCUUUGGUUGCACGCCAGAAAGGAAGCACCUGCUCGGCAACGACGAGCGAGUAGCCGUUAUGCCCAGCCAUCUUCUUGGAAGAAAGGUGUUCGCAACGGCCGGCUUCAUACCAGCGCUAGCUGAAAACAGUGAUGAAACAAAUAUAUUGCGAGCAGUUCCCAGUGCCAAACCGAACAGUAAUACUGUCCAGGGCACAGACGCCAAAGAUACUGUUGGCCACAAGACACCACGCAAAUUUGUUUAUAUGCCGGGAAGGCUGCUCAUAAGCGGUCGUUCGUGUCGCCCCUAUGAGGUUCUUGGAAUCAAAAAUCGGUGCAUUCGCAAGAGGGGUAAGGUUGGCCUAUAUAAGCACAGGGACCACGUGUACACAUAAGCAGACAUUUAAUAAAGGAUAAUAAGCGCUUCUGUUGAUAAUAAUAAAA